AUGACAGAUUCAAUAAAUUCAAAAGACCAUAACAACCCAUCACUCUUGAAAAAAUUAACUUAUCAACGUGGAUGGGGGAAACCAGACAUUUUAAAUUGUAGAAGUUCUGUAUUUUUAACAAUUGUUCCAAUCCUUACUUUUUCGACUGCAUUCACUGCCAUAAUCUGUACAUUAUAUCUUAUCUAUGAUAUUAAUGUAACUUUACCGGGAGAAUUGGUCGGUACUGUUACCGUUGUGGUCGGUCUUCUUCUGGCUUUUCGUACAAACCAUGCUUAUGAUAGAUAUUAUGAAGGUCGAAAAUUAUUUAACAAUUUAUGUACUCUUGCAAGAAAUAGCACGCGAACUAUUUGGAUCGGUACUUCAGAAAAUGCAAAGAAAGAUCGUGAAGAAAAAAUAACAUACAUCAAACUUGUGUUGGCAUUUGUUGUUGCCACUAAACAUCAUCUUCGUUUGGAAUUUGGCACUAAUUAUAACGAUUACGUAGGUUUGUUACCUUCGUUAUCCAAAGGUUUGCAACGUACAAAGUUUGACGGUAAUGCUGGCCAAGAUACUGUGGAGUUAGGCAGUGGAAGCCUUGAGGAUCCGAAUCAUCCUGAUAAUCUUGCUAAUCAAGGUUCCGCUCCAGACAUCACCAUACACACUCAAGAUGCGAAUGAGUCUACUCGCCUUCUUCCAAAGUCCCGAAACCAAGACCCAGUAGCAUAUUUAAGAGGUAGUUUUAAAGAUACUUUUCGUUCAUUGAGAAGUGGUAAGAGCCAACCGUGUGAUUCCGAAGUGUUAUCAUGGGGAACCCAAGAUCCGAAAAUGAGUCUUCCAUUGGAAAUUGUGUUUCAUCUGGGUGUAUAUUUCGAACAACUGGCACGUGAAAAAAGAGUCGAAUCCUAUAGACUUUGGUCAAUUUUGGACCAAUUUAUAGAUAUUCUAGGCAAUCUUGAAAGGAUCAGUAACACACCUGUUCCCUUAGCUUACAGAGUCCAUUUGAAACAAGCUGUAACUUUGUACGUUUGGUUACUUCCAUUCACUCUUGUCGAGUUACUCGGAUGGUUAACUAUCCCGGUUAUCUUGGUAAUUUCCUUCAUUCUUUUUGGUGUUGAAGCAAUCGGUUCUGAAAUUGAGGAUCCGUUUGGUUAUGAUGUAAAUGAUUUGCCGUUGGACGAUUACUGCAAGGAUGAAACGGUUUUAGCACUAGGAUUUUUAAGCAAUAUAAUUAAUAUUGUAAAGGUUACUCAGCAAUUAAAAAAUAAAAAAUAA